GCACGGCUUGCCCAUGUGUGCUGCAGCCGUCAGCCGGCCCAGCUGAGCAGCAGCAACGGACCUUGUUAACGGCGCGGCAGCCUCCACCGCCGGCUGUUGCCCUCCUCUCUCGGUGGUCUGUCCGCACAGCGCACGUCACCAUGGGCAAGAGCCGGACGAAGCGCUUCAAGCGACCUCAGUUCUCCCCUACGGGCGACUGUCAGGCUGAGGCGGCUGCGGCGGCUGCGGCGGCGAAUGGGACCGGAGGCGAGGAGGACGACGGGCCGGCGGCGGAGCUGCUGGAAAAGCUCCAGCACCCGAGCGCCGAGGUCCGCGAGUGCGCCUGCGCAGGGCUGGCCCGGCUGGUGCAGCAGCGGCCGGCACUCCCGGGCCUGGCGCGACGAGACGCCGUGCGCCGCCUCGGGCCGCUGCUUCUAGACCCCAGCCUGGCCGUCAGGGAGACUGCAGCCGGCGCGCUGAGGUGAGCCAGGAAGGGUGCGGGGCGGUGCCCAUCGCUGGCCUCCCCCGCGUCUGGGCUGCGGGCGGUCGCAGCGGUCACCCAGCGCCUUCUGUGUGCCAUCAGGCACUGGCCCGGUCUCCCGUUUGCAGAGAUUUGAAGCCAGUCUCCAGGCUCCGGAGAAGCCCAGUAUCCCCGCAUCUCAUCUGUCCACCUGGCUGCUUCACCUGCAGCGUCCACCUGCUCAGGCGUCCUGCCCUCACACCUUGCGCACGUUUUACACUCUCCAAAAGCCCUCCUUAGGGUCCCUUGCUUGGAUGAACUCUUCAGUUCAUGUGUCAGGAAUCGUUCUAGAUGCAGGGGACUUUGAGCAGCCAAGACUUUUGAGCGAGAUCUGUUGACAGCCAAGAUCCCUGUCUUGGCACAAGUCAUGUUGAUGGGGAGACAGACAGGAAGCUAGUAAAAAGAAAUCUCAGUGCUUGUGGAGGUUUUGAAGUUUGUGAUGACAUGGUGACUAAGGAUAUCAUGACCCCUCUGGUUGCGCUGCUAAAAGAGUGUAGUGCUGGACUGGAUUCAAAUGAGAUGUCUCUGCAGGAGAAAAAAGAUCAGAACAGAAAUUCUAUUGAGAACAUAGCCAAUGAGACUGUGAACGUGCUGUGGAAUAUAUGUGAAUGCAGUAGUAGAGCAGUGUCUAUAUUCAACAAAGAAGGGUGUUUGGAGAUUGUGUUAAAGUAUUUAAGUAGGUUUCCUACCAAUGUUGACCUGGCUAUUUCAGUAGCAUAUUGUUUGCAGACAGUGACUGAGGAUAACCCAGAGCUGCUGAAGUCUUUCAGUGCUACAGCAUUGAACAUGCUGGAAUCAGCACUGCUUUCUCCUGUCAGUUCCAUGGAAUCCCUUCUAUUGAAGACAUUGGUAGCAGGCACAAUUUGGAAUCUAAAGGAUAUUAUUCCAUGCAAGAGUCAAGCAGAAAUCAUAAAUGCCUUACUAAAGAUCUUAUCUGAAGUUUUGGGAAUGGAUGCUGGUGAAAUGGUUAUUCAAAUGAAAGAGGCUGAAACGCAAAGGUUAAAAACUGCUGCAGAGGCUGAGGAAAUAUUAGAGAACACUAAUGGGGAUGAUUUGAUUGAAGAUGAUGAAAUGGAAGGAAUUUCUCAUAAAAGAAGAGUCAGAAGGAAAACUUUCGUUUCAGAUUUACUUCCGCCCACUGACAAGGAACUGAGAGAGACUAUAGCAUUGCUGACAGCCCAACAGACUGCUCUGGAAAUUAUUGUCAACAUGUGCUGCAAUGAAGAUCCCUCUGAUGACGAAUGGGAAGAGCUUUCUAGCAGUGAUGAAAGUGACGCAUUUAUGGAGAAUUCCUUCAGUGAGUGCGGGGGACAGCUGUUUUCUCCCCUCUGCCUCUCCCAUGAGGUUCACACGGCUCUCACCAACUACCUCAUCCCAAAGAAGAUUUUUGAGAAAACUGCCUUUCCAAACAGCAUUGCAGUUGACCUAUGUUCUAGGAACCCUACUUGGAAACCUUUGAUUAGAAAAAUGAACACUAUUCAGUGCAGAGCCCUCUUCUGUCUCCAGAGUCUUGUGUCCCUCCUGGAUGUGGAGCACCUGGGAGGAGCCGCAGCCCUUCAGACACUUGCACAGCAUCUGUCACAGCUGCUUUUUUCUCAACCAGAUUUUGCUAAACAUGUUGACUUUCUAGAAGCCAUAAGUAGUGCUUUGAGGGCCCUUUUGCAAACAAUGGCCUCCAAGAACAUUUCCCAGUGCAUGACUCCUGAUCAGCUGAUGACAUUAUGCAAAGCAGGCAUUCAUAGUAGUAAUGUCGGGGUUAGAGUGAAUGUCGUUAGCAUUUUAGGAAUCACUGGCAGCGUCCUUGCCAAAGAAGAUGGUACACUUGAAACUCUUAAGAACAUUGGGUGCUUUCUGCUUGAAGUUACCACCAAAGAUCCUUCCCUUGUGGUAGCAGGAGAAGCUUUGGAUGCCCUCUUUGAUGUUUUUGCAGAUGGUAAAGAAGCCGAAAGAGCCUCGAUUCAAAUUAAAUUAUUAUCUGCUCUGAAAGAAUUCCAGCCGGUCUUUAAAAUGAAGAUACGUAAAGAAGGGAGAGGUAACUAUAGCACAGAUCAGCUGUGUGUUCUUGACAAUGUGAAAAUGAAUUUGCGAAGAUUUAUUGCUUAUCAAGAAACUGUUGAGAAAAGACUGACUUCUUAAACAAUCCAAAAAAGAAACCAGUUCUUCCCCCAAAGUAUUCAAUGCUUAGAAUACUAAAAGAUUUUCUUUGAAUGUAUAUGUUUCUGAAAGUCAUUUUUUAAUGAUUACAUUCUGUACAUUCUGUAAAAACUUCAAAACCUGGCCAGGCAUGGUGGCUCACGCCUGUAAUCCCAGCACCUUGGGAGACCGAGGCGGGUGGAUCACUUGAGGUCAGGAGUUUGAGGCCAGCCUGGCCAACAUGGUGAAACCGCAUGCAUAAGCAUGGUGGCACAUGCCUGUAAUCCCAGCUACUCGGGAGGCUGAGGGAGGAGAAUUGGUUGAACCUGGGAGACAGAGGUUGCAGUGAGCUGAGAUCACGCUACUGCACUCCAGCCUGGGUGACAGUGGGAGACCCUGUCUCCAAAAAAAAAAAAAAAAAAAAAAAAACUUCAAAACCUGUCAGAAACUCUGUUGCUGGUUUUUUUGUGUGUGUUUUUUGUUUGUUUGUUUGUUUUGUUUUGUUGUUUUUUUCUUUUUUGAGGUGGAGUCUCACUGCUGCCCAGGCUGUAUUACAGUGCUGCGAUCUUGGCUUACUGCAACCUCUGCCAUUCCAGGUUCAAGCGAUUCUCAUGCCUCAGCCUCCUGAGUAGCUGGAAUUACAGGCACCCACCACCACACCUGGUUUUGUUUUUGGUUUUUUGGUUUUUGUUUUUUUUUUUUUCAGUAGAGACGGGUUUCACCGUGUUGGCCAGGCUGGUCUCGAAUUCCUGACCUCAAGUGAUCCGCCUGCCCUGGCCUCCCAAAGUGCUGGGAUUACAGGCAUGAGCCACCGUGCCUGGCCAGAAACCCUUUUUUAAGUGAUGAGAUCUGUGUGGCAUUUCUAGCACUCUCUAAAUUAUGUCUCUGGCAUAUUUUAAUCACUGGAAACUCAAAGAGUGGAAGAGUGGAAGUGCAAAGCAAUCUCAGGUAGCUCUUAACUAAUUCGCCAGCAGUGAAGAAACUUCAACCAAUCAUGUUUUCCUUGAAUUUUGCAAAGAAAGAAAAUCCAAAGCAUUGCUUGGAUGUUCUUUUAAGGCAUUUUAUAUCAGUUGAACCUUAAACUGAAAUAUGAAGACAAGCUUUAUAAACUAGUUUUUUGAUAUGAAGUAUAUCAAUUAUGUUUGCCUUUUGUGAAGAAGUAAAUGAGUUGAAUUUGUAUUUCACUUACUAGAUUAUACUAAUGAGCUAAUGGGGUCAUUGCCAUCCUCCCUACUCAUGACUUUGAUGAGUUAUUGCUGUAACAUCACUUCUUGAUUUAAUUUGAUAUGGAAUCAGAAUUGGGAGAAGGUAUUUUUAAAUAAACAACUUUUUAAUGGAAA